CCCGGGCCAUCCUCCUUCCCCAUGCAGGGCGAUGAGGGCGGCGAGCGGGUGCUGCAGCAGCGCUGGACGUCCUUCCUGAAGGCCCAGCUGCUGUGCUCGCGGCCCGAGGACGGCUUCCCCUUCAACGUGCUGCAGGACGUCUUCACGCUGAGCCCCAGCCCCGAGGCCUGGCCUGAGACCCUCUUCUACGGGGUCUUCACCUCCCAGUGGCACAGGGGCGCCUCGGAGGGCUCGGCUAUCUGUGUGUUCACCAUGGACGACGUGCAGCACGCCUUCAACGGCCUCUACAAGGAGGUGAACCGGGAGACGCAGCAGUGGUACACCGUGACCCACCCGGUGCCCUCCCACCGGCCUGGAGCGUGCAUCACCAACAGUGCCCGGGAGAGGAAGAUCAACUCGUCCCUGCAGCUCCCCGACCGCGUGCUCAACUUCCUCAAGGACCACUUCCUGAUGGACAGCAAGGUCCGCAGCCAGCUGCUGCUGCUGCAGCCUCAGGCCCGCUACCAGCGCGUGGCCGUCCACCGCGUCUCUGGCCUGAACCGCACCUAUGACGUCCUGUUCCUGGGUACCGGUGACGGGCGGCUGCACAAGGCAGUGAAGGUGGGCUCGCAGGUGCACAUCAUUGAGGAGCUGCAGGUCUUCCAGCCGGGACAGCCCGUCCAGAACCUGCUCCUGGACACCCACAGGGGACUGCUGUACGCGGCCUCGUACUUGGGCGUGGUCCAGGUGCCGGUGGCCAACUGCAGCCUGUACCAGAGCUGCGGGGACUGCCUCCUCGCCCGCGACCCCUACUGCGCCUGGGACGGCUCCGCCUGCCGCCACAUCAGCCUCUACCAGCCUGAGCUGGCCUCCAGGCCAUGGAUCCAGGAUGUCGAGGGGGCCAACGCCAAGGACCUCUGCGACACCUCCUCGGCCAGCCCCUUGUCUCCCAUACCAACAGGCAAGAAGCCCUGUGAGCAGGUCCAGUUCCAGCCCAACACCGUGAACACCUUGGCCUGCCCGCUCCUGUCCAACCUGGCCACCCGGCUCUGGCUGCACAACAGCCCCGUCAACUCCUCGGCCUCCUGCCGCGUGCUGCCCACGGGGGACCUGCUGCUGGUGGGCGGCCAGCAGGGGCUGGGGCGCUUCGAGUGCUGGGCAGUGGGGGGCUUCCGGCAGCUGGUGGCCAGCUACUGCCCAGAGGUGGUGGAAGAUGGGGCCGCGGAGCAGACGGAGCGGGGCGGCAGCGUGCCGGUCGUGAUCAACACUUCACGUGUGAGCGCGCCGGCGGCCGGUAAGGCCAGCUGGGGCUCCGACAGGUCCUACUGGAACGAGUUCCUGGUGAUGUGCACGCUCUUCGGGCUCGCGGUGGUGCUGCUUGUCCUGUUCUUCCUCUACCGGCACCGCGACGGCAUGAAGGUCUUCCUGAAGCAGGGCGAGUGCGCCAGCGUGCACCCCAAAGCCCGCCCCGUGGCCCUGCCGCCCGAGACCCGGCCGCUUAACGGUGUCGGCCCGCCCAGCACCCCCCUCGACCACCGAGGCUACCAGGCCCUGUCCGACAGUUCCCCAGGGCCCCGAGUCUUCACGGAGUCCGAGAAGAGGCCGCUCAGUGUCCAGGACAGCUUCGUGGAGGUGUCUCCCGUGUGCCCCCGGCCCCGCGUCCGCCUGGGCUCCGAGAUCCGGGACUCCGUGGUGUGAGAGCCGAUUGUCAGAGGAGGCCACCCUGGCUUCGGGGGGCCGCCCGAGCCCACAGCCUGCCUGGAGCACGCCCGUGUGCCCAGCCAGCGGGAGCCUGGGAGCCAGCUGGUUGCCGGCCUCCAGCCAGGUGGAGAAGCCCAGGGCGUCCAGCUGCAGAGGGGGCUGCCCAGGUGGCAGAACAGUGCUCCUGGUGUAAACUGAGCCCUUUAAGAAAUAAUUGAAAAUGUGAAAUCGGAGAGACAUGGAAGGCCAUGCACACAGCAGGGGCCACUGGGACUCCUUCCGAGUGGCCAUUUGGGACUGAGUUGGUGACCCCUCGCCUUAUCCUACUGCCACAGGCUGCCUUCCCACCGCAGAGUCGGGCCUGCUCUGCCAGCCAGCCGAGGACGUCACCAUGGCUGCCAGCGUCCCCGCUCAGGGAUCAGGGCUGGACCGGCUCCACAGCCCUCCCCCGGCCGUGGCUCAGCCCCCGCCUCUGGACCUUUCCAGCCUGCAUCAGGCUGCGACCACUCAAGAGGGCAGCCUCGGCUACACCGCCUUUCUGUGGAUCCCGGGAGAGCGCUCAGCCUCCCAGCCGGGAACUUUACUCAGAUCGAAGCUAGGAAGCUCCUUGCAACGUCGCCCCAGGCCGCCCCUCACCCACCCCUCCACUCUAAGGGACAUCGACACUGCCCAGCCAAGCACAGGGGCCUGGGCUUUAGGAGACUUUUGUUUUGUAUGUUUUUAAUAAAUGCACUUUACAUUUUU